ACACAAAAGAGGGAUAAAGGGUGUCUAUAUAAAGAGAGUAUAUUGCAAAGUUCACAAGCAUUGAAAACUAACACAACACAAAUUCUCAUUAUCUCUUGUAUUCAAAAUGGCUUCAAUUGCUAAAAGUUUCUCUCUCAUUUUCCUCCUUGCUCUUUUUACCUCACUCCAAGUUCAUGCAAGGGAUGGUCAAUUUUUCAACAAAGUCCCAAGCAACAAUGGUGAAAAGGAAACACAAACAGUUGUUCCUAACAAAGAGCAAGAGCCAAAUUUCAUGCCUGAAAAUGAAAAUGGUGCUUAUGGCCUUUAUGGCCAUGAAUCUGUUUCCACCCCUUCUACAACAACUACUACUACCACUAACACCAAUAAUCCCAAUGUCAACAAUCUUCCCAACAGCAAAUACCUUCCCAAAAAUUAUAACCCUGUUUCUUAUGUAACUGUUGCUGAGGACAAUACAAAUGAAAAUAGUUUCAAUGACAACAACAAUGAAAUCUCAACCAAGCACAAUAUUGAUACCUCCACUUCCACCACCAACUUGAAUAACAACCAAUUCUACAGUGGUCCCACCAAUUACCGCAGUAACAAUAAUAACAACCAGCAGCAACAGUACUACCACGGCGUCAGUGAUUUCAGUACUAAAAACCACAACAACCAGCAGCAACAGUACUACCACGGCGUCAGCGAUUUCAGUACUAAAAACCACAACAACCAGCAGCAACAGUUUUACAGCGGUGACAGUUUUUACAGCAACAACCAACAGUACAACAACAAUGAUAACAACGAGGAGGAGAACUACAACGCUGGUAAUACAUAUUAUAACAACAAUUAUGAACCCCAACAGGAGUUGACUGAAACAAAAUUGAGUGCCAAAAGCUACAACACCAACCCAACAAAUUACCGAAACAAUUACAACAAUAACAACAACAAUCAGGAACAGAGCUACUCCACAAAUUACAACAAUAAUGAAGAACAGAGUUACAGCACUGGGAAUGGUAAUUACAGAGUGCACCAACAACAGGGGAUGAGUGACACAAGGUUCUUGGGAAAUGGGAAAUUUUACUAUGAUAUCAAUGCUGGGAGACAUGCCAGGGAUCCAUAUGAAAAUGCAAAGGAAUUUGCUUCAAUGAACCAACAGUACAACAACAAGAACACCUAUGGCAACAAUGAGUACAACAACAAGAACACCUAUGGCAACAAUGAGUACAACAACAACAACUUUGAGAAUGAAGAUUUUCAAGAUGAAGAGAACAUGCCUUAAUUGUUCCAAAAAUUGAAAACAAAAAAGUUAUAACCAUAGUGAGCCAAAACAAAUGUUAUGUGUCCCAAUUAUGAUUGAUGUUGUUAUCCUUCUUCUUUUUUUUGUCUAAGUUAUAUUUUUAUUAGAAAAAAAUGUUAAUUAAACUACAGAUUUUAUUUUUGGCUGUUUU